AUGCCGAAAAAGCGUCAGCUUGCCUUGAUCACGCUGGCACGACUCUGCGAAUCCGCUGCCACCAGCAGCCUGCAGACCUACAUCAUCUCCCAGCUUGAAUCCUUUCGAGCAUCCGAUGGCUCCGUAUCUACCGGCUAUACCCUGGCAUUCCAAGUCUCCGCCUUAAACGCCGUCGUCGCGGGCCCGCAGCUCUUUACUUCCGUCCUAUGGGGCAGACUGGUAGAUUCUCGACAUGUCGGGCGCAAAUACAUCAUUCUACUCGGUCUUUUCGGAACUGGCAUUGCGAGUCUGGGUCUUGGGUUUGCAAAUAGCUUCGCGGCGGUUACGUUUUGGCGAUUCUUGGUCGGCCUGAUCAACGGCAACAUGGGCGUCAUGCGGACCAUGAUCAAGGACAUUGGCGGAGACAAGUUUGAGGCGCGAGUCGUCCUGCUGCUGCCUACGGCAUUUAAUGUCGGAAGCAUCCUUGGCCCUGCCGCGGGAAGCCUGCUGGCCGACACGAGUGCUUUUCGGUGGCUGCUCCAGUCGCCGUACGCUCUGCCCAACCUAUUCAACGGCGUGUGCCUGAUUGCGAGCGCGGCAUUGCUGGGCUUUGGGUUAGAAGAGACGCUCGACGGCGUCAGGUUCCGGCCAGGCCAUCUCUUGCCCGAGCGGCUUAAGAGGCUUCUUGGUCGAAGGGCCGAUCCGCACUAUCAAGUGCUCAUGGACCAAGACGUCGAGCUGGACGCCCAGGGAACUCCUGCUUCACGCCGUCCCGAGGUCCGAUGGUCCUUUUCUCGCAUCUGGACGCCUCGUUUGGUUGCCACACUUGUCGCCCGCCGGCUCGUGACCAUGCACGUCGGCGCAUAUCCCUCGCUUUGA